UCCAGUGAAAUUUACAAAGAAAGACAUUCUAGGUCUUUUAAGACCCGUAAUUCGAUCGUGAGCCACAAGCUUUCCAGACCCAAGUAACCAGGAGAAGGGAACUGACUGUGAAAUCUACUACUUUAAUUGCUUAAUUGGUGCCUAGGAACAACAAAACCAGCAGACCCCUACUACACGACAACGCAGCAUUAAAUGAACUACAGCUACCAUAGCGCUCGUCGAAAUCAUAUGGACUACAAUUCCCUGUACACUUUGCAUCCGUACAAUCUUGUUGCAUGACAGCGAAUGUUUAUGCGAGUCUGAUGUGAGCAAGGACUACAACAGCGAGUGGUGGAUUGAUACGUAUAAUUUAGCAAAAAUGCUCUGGUUUGAUGGCUCGAUCCCCGCUGCCAUCGUCUCAGCCAAACAGGCGAACUCCAUCUUUGUCGUCGUUAUUACAGGAGACGAUGAGCAGUCUACACAGGUGAUGUCCAGUUGGGAGGAUGACAGAGUUGCUCAGGCCACAGAACGCUGCUUUGUCGCAAUUAAGAUAGAUGCGGAAAGUGAAACCUGUGUUCAGUUUUCUCAAAUCUAUCCCGUAGUCUGCAUCCCCUCCAGUUUCUUCAUAGGAGAAAAUGGCAUUCCCUUGGAGGUGAUUGCUGGCAGUGUCUCAGCUGAAGAGCUCAUGAAGCGGAUCGACAAGGUCAAGCAGAUGCACGCACAGGAGGCGGAGGUCUCAGACAGGGUCUUGAGUCAGGAUGGAGAGCACAUGGACACAUCCCCGCCACCUGCUGUUGGCCCAGAGCCAGUCACUGAGCCAGCCUCCCCACCAGCCAGCAGCACACUACCACCCAGCGCAGCCUCAGAGAACGCCGCUACACCCGCCCCAUCCAAAGAGUCGCUCUCCAGGCCCGCAGAGGAGGGCGGAGCCUCAGGUUACGUGACCCCGGCCGAGGACAGGAGCCUGUCGUCAGAUGACCUGUCGCUCAGCUCCCAGCCCGACGAGGGCGUGGAUGCCAAGGUGGAGAGGCUAACCAAGAAGCUGGAGGAGAGACGAGAACGCAGAAAAACAGGAGAAGAGGAGCAGGAGAUAAGGAAGGAGAUGGAUCGCAGGAGGCAGGGGAAGGAGACGCUGGACUACAGACGGCAGCAGGACGGGGACCGGACCAAGCGCAUGCUGGAGGAGAGGAACAGAGAGAAGGCGGAGGAGAGGGCGGCGCGGGAUCGCGUCAAGCAGCAGAUCGCUCUGGACCGGGCCGAUCGGGCGGCCCGCUACGCCAAGAACCAGGAGGAGGUGGACGCGGCCAAGGCCGCGGCGCUGCAGGCCCGGCAAGCGGAGAUGGAGGCCAGGAAGGAGGCGCUGCACAGAGAGAGGAGUGCCGUUGCCAGGAUACAGUUCCGUCUGCCGGACGGCUCCUUCUUCACCAACCAGUUUCCCUCCGAGGCCCGGCUGCAGGACGCCCGAGACUUCGCCGCUCGGGAAGUAGGAAACCGCUACGGAAAUUUCUCUCUGGCCACCAUGUUCCCCAGGAGAGAGUUCACCGGACAGGACCUGGACAAGACGCUGCUGGAGCUGGAGCUCGCUCCGAGCGCGUCCGUCGUGCUGCUGCCUACGGGACGACCGACCAACACUGUGGUGCAGUCCUCAGGCGGGGGCUUCUGGGUGGUGCUGGGGACCGUCUUCUACCCCCUGCUGGCGGUUUGGAGGUUCAUCAGCGGCUUCCUCUUCUGCAGCCCCCCGCCCACUGGCCCCGCCGCCAGGGCCCCGCCCCAGAGACCUGGCCCCGCCUCUGCCUCGUCCAGCCAACCAAACAGAGAGUUUAUCCGUAAGCGGGUUCUGGAGAAGCGGCCCGAGGACUUCAAAAAAGACGGGAAAAUCUACAGGCUAAGGACUCAGGAAGACAGCGAGGACGAGAACAACACCUGGAACGGCAACUCCACCCAGCAGAUGUAGCCGGGCCGACGCCCAGCACUGCGCAAUAAGGUCCACCUCCUGUCUCUCACCAGGUUUUCUGUGCGCUGAGAACGCUCCGUUUUCAUUGGCCGAUUCAGCUUUUUCCCAGACUGCGGUAUGUUCCUGCCGCAGUCCUGGUCCCGCUGUUCCCUUGCAUGGUUAGCUGAGUAUAAUCAGUGCCCUCCCACUGGCCUGGACAACAUUCUGUUUUUACUACUUCACUGUAUUUCAUGUUAUCGUUUGAUAACUGUUUCCCCCCCCCCCCGUAACAACAGCAGGGCCAGAAUCCAGAGGCGCUGGUUGUAUUGGCUACCAGGAGGUUCUGGGCUCAUCUAGUGCUUGAACUUAUGGAUGAUUCUUUUUUUUUCUUUUUUUUGGCAACAUCUAUUUUAUUUAACAACGGCUUCAUGAAGAAACUAGUCCGGCGAAAAUGUGAAACGACUGACGUUUGCGUGUUUUAUAUUAAGGGAUUUGUUCCUUAAUGAGUGUAUCGUCUGCGUAGAUUGCGGAAGGCACUUUUAGUUGAAAACGGGAAUACUUUACAGCUCUUGUUUAAUAAUGGAAAUGAAAUUGAAGUUUUUUUCAAAUAAUGGCAUUUUUUUCACCUGCUGUGGUUUUAUUUGGUGAUGCUGUAUAGUUUUCUAUAAUCGCAAGGUUGUGCGAUUUCAUGCAUGUUAAACUUGGGAAUCAAAAGCAUGACUUGAUUGGUUCCAUUGGUUCCUACGACAGGAGCUCUUAGAGAGUGAAGGUUUGUAUACAGGUCAGGCAUUUGGUACCAGAUGGUAGUAAUUAUGGCUCACUGUGAUGUCAGGUACUUUUUUUUAUUUUAUUUUUUUACUUUACCUACUGUAAGAGUCAGCUGCAAUGUCUGAAACUAAACUCAUACCCAACAGAUGUUGCCAACCCCCUAUGGAAAAAGAAUAUAUUUAAAAAAUAUAUUGAAAUAUACAAUUAAUAUAAUGCAACAAUUAAUAAUAUAUUGGCAAAUAUAGGCGUUGUCUAUAGAUUGCUUCUUUAAGAUCGCAGUAUCUCACAGUAUAUCACAACUGCUGUGAAAUAUUUGUCAUUAUAUUUUCCAAAAAUCUACAUAUUUACGAUUUAGUGCAUUUCCAUAAGUAUGUGAACUUGCUUGUACAUGUGGAAAGGUUUUAUGAUGUGUUUAAAGGUCAAGUGUGUUUGGAUGAACUUUCGUGAUUUUUCUUUUUUUUUUUUUUUUUGAUUAACCGCAACCUGUACAAAUGGAUAACAUUAAAAGAUUUUGUCUAAAAAAGUUA